AUGGCUAUUGUACUGAGCUUGAUUUUUCGCCUGGUUGCUCUAGCUUUCUUCGUUUUUGUCAUCUAUUAUAGCUACCAAUUGUUACAUGGCGAUAGCCCGUUUCAGUUGAAAGACUUCAUAUUUUUACUGCGUUUCCUCACGAUUUUGACAAUAUCUCUUCAGAUCGUUUACUAUGCUUUAGCAACUCCUUUACAGUACUACAAAAUGUACAAAAUGCAUAGCUCACUGUAUGCUCUCGUUUUUACAGCCAAUCUAAUUGUGUGUAUUAUGUUUUGGACCAUUUUCAUCACAGAUAAGAACUUGUUGGUGAGGGAUUCAGAAGUGAAACUUGCACGUUCGUGGUUUAACCAUGCUUGUCACACUGUGGGAACUUUCUUUAUCAUUAUUGACGCUCUACUUUGGAGACCAACUAUUGUUCCUAUAUCGAACGUACUUUUGCUUCUUCUAAUGUACUUCGGCGGAUACGUAAUAUAUGUGGAAUACCUUAUACGCAUCCACAGUUUCUACCCUUAUCCCAUACUUGCGGUUUUCUCGGAUAUUGGACGAUUUGGAUUUUAUUCGGCGAUAAUUAUCGCUACUACUCUUUGUUUUGGAGUCGGUGUACUGAUGGUUCGUUUUCUAAACAACACUCAGCGAAAAAAGUUAACUCCCAAAACACAACAGAUAGCAAGAAAGGAGCCCAUUUAUGUUCAGAGUAAACACAAAAAAUCCAAGAGAAUGGAUUAA